CGUUUCGCGUUGUCUUCUCUCGCGCGCGUGCGAGGGAAAGAGAGAGAGAGAGAGAGAGAGAGAGAGAGAGAGAGAGAGAGAGAGAGAGAGAGAGAGAGAGAGAGAGAGAGAGAGAGAGAGAGAGAGAAAAAGGGAGUGAGGGAGUGUGAAAAUCUAGACGGCGGGGGUACACAGGAAGGGUAGGCGGCGGCAAGAGAGAGGCGCGUCCGUCCGCGUAAUCAGCGUCGUCGUUGAUCGUCGUCAUUGUCAUCGUCGUCGUCGUUGUCGUCGCCAUCGCCAUCGCCGUCAUCGUCUUCAUCUUCUUCGAGGCUCUCGCGCGCGCGUUGCCCUCGUGAACCGCGAGUGAGUCGUGUGUGUGCCUGCGAAUCGAUCGGUGCACGCACAGUGCCGUGUGUACAAGUAACUUUCAGACGAGAGAAUCCGGAGUACGGAUAAGGUGCGACGUGCGAAAUCUGACCACUCGUCGGCCAGGGUGUAAAGUCAAUCAAACUAGUUGGCUGGCUAGCGGCAAGAACCGUUCGACAGGAAGAACGGACAAGCGGCACCGUCGUACACGCUGCUCCCUCCCCAUGGACUCGUGACAGUGCGCUGACGAACAAGAAGCCGAACCGAGUAGAAAAGAAAGAAAAAGAGAGAGAGAGAGAGAGAGAGAGAGAGAAAGAGAGCGCGCGAACGCGCGGACGAACCAGAUAGAACUAUUAAUCACCAAGAGCUCUUAGUCGUGGCGACGAGGAAGAGACAGACGAGAGGCACGCGUGAGACGGGGAAAAGUGAAAGAGAGAGCGAGAAAAAGAGCGAACGAGCGAAUACAAGCCUCUGUGUAUGUGUGCGUUUGUAUGUGUAUACGCGGCUGAGAGGCAGUCGAGCCGACUUGCGCGAGCGAUAGAGACAGAGAGGGAACGAGAACGGCGGAGAGAAUUAUCGAGUGAAUACCCGGGAGAUACCGUGGGACAGUCAGGAGGCACGAGAGGUCUGUCUUACUGAAAGCAAAUAGAGGCAAAACGUGGCGGAUUCGGUGACCCUUCGACUGUGAUCAGGCCCCCCGUAGGCAGUAGGUAGGGCUAAGGAGAUGCGCGAAUAUAAAAUAGUUGUGCUGGGCAGUGGAGGUGUAGGCAAGUCCGCCCUCACUGUCCAGUUCGUACAGGAAAUCUUCGUAGAGAAGUAUGACCCAACGAUCGAGGACAGCUAUCGCAAGCAAGUCGAGGUCGACGGUCAACAAUGUAUGUUAGAAAUUCUAGACACAGCCGGUACGGAACAAUUCACAGCCAUGAGGGACCUUUAUAUGAAAAAUGGGCAGGGCUUCGUAUUAGUAUAUUCGAUAACAGCACAAUCAACCUUCAACGACCUGCAAGACCUCAGAGAACAGAUUCUGCGGGUAAAAGACACAGAUGAUGUGCCGAUGGUGUUAGUAGGUAACAAGUGCGACCUGGAGGACGAGAGGGUAGUAGGAAAGGAUCAGGGUGUCAAUCUUGCCCGGCAAUUCAAUUGUGUGUUUAUGGAGACCUCUGCCAAAGCUAAAAUUAACGUUCGCGAUAUUUUCUAUGAUCUGGUGCGGCAAAUAAAUAAGAAAUCGCCAGAGAAGAAGAUGAAGCAGAAAAAGAAAUCGCUGUGCCUACUUCUGUAAGGUAUAUAUGGCGGAGCCCAUAUUCUCCUACAUGAAAAUCCGAAGAUACCAGUGGAUUAAAAAAAUACCGAAGUGGUUAUAAAACAAGAAAGAUACUAAUGACAAAAGAGGAGGAGGGGGCUGACGGAAUAUUAGGCCGUCGGUAGAGCAGAAGUCUACGGUACUGAAAUCCGAAUGGUUGUAAAACGAUGGUAGAGAGACGGGAGAAUAAGGGCAUAUAAGGGCACAAGGUAACGUAACAGAGCUCGAAGAACGAAGAGAUAUGUGGAAGAGAAUGCAAUGAUAAGCGAAAGGACAUAUUGUAUAUAACAUUGGUUCCGGGAUGGCUCGUGUGCACGCGCAAGCAACGGCGCACAAAGUAGGAUACGAGAUCCCGCAGCAUCGGUUAUCACUGUAGGAAUUUUACAUGAAUAAAUGAAGGGAAAAAAUGAUUAAUAGUAUAUAUUUAGGAGAAAGGAAGAGAUAAGAAAAAAAAGAAAUGUUUGUGGACGUGCGCGUGCGCAGGCCAUCAGCCCCCAUGCAUCGCGCUUUCGCCGCGCACCUCUCUCUCUCUUAUAUAAUAAUAAUAAUUAUACAUAGAUGGUACUUGAACAUGAUUAUUGCUAUUAUUAAUAUUAAUUAUUAAUUAUUAUCGGAUCAUCAAAAUAUUCAUAAGUUAUCAAACUGUUUGUUUCUCAAACAAAGUAUGUUUUUCUAUAUCUCUCCAUAUUAAGGCUAAUAAUAAAAAAAAUCAGUGAAUGUUAAAAAAA